UGUUCCAUAUUAUUUGUCAUUUGGUAAUGAUGAUUGUAUAAUCUCUCAUAUCCUUAAAUAUCUAUUUCUGAUCAUCAUCGCUGUGCUAUUAUUGACCUGUGUGUGUGUCCGAGUGUGUGUAUGUUCGUGUGGUUGUAUUUGCGUAUACCGUGUAGAAGUGUGUUUAGAUCUUUUUUUCUUAUGGUAGAUUGCUUGAACUAAGAUCUACUUACCAAAAUAAGAUACCCUGUUGUAAAUUAUUUGUUUUAUCAUGACUUUCUUUUUUUUGUGUAGGAAUGGAUGGAAUUUCUUAGAAAGAGCAUAAAACUGGAAGAAUGGCCACAAGUCUUGGAGCAGACCACGAUGUUCCUGGUAAUCCUGGGUAGAUGGAUGCUACCGAAGGGAAAUCUCACCCGGGAACAACUCUCCCAGCUCCUCCUUGUCUACCUUGGUAUGGCAGCGGACAUUCUAGAGUUCUCCAGCGAAAGUCUGGCCCAGCCUGUGGUCGCUUGUGAUCUGGUCAAGAUUGGCAUCGUCACCGGUAUCUGGGGCAUGAGCCUCUGUCAGUUCACGCUUGUACUGACAUCUGUGGCAGGUCCAAAGAUCCGCAAUUUCAAAAAUAAGAAGAGAAAGAGAGGCCAGGAUGUUGCGGAAGGUAAGACAGAGGACCCCUUGGUUGAUUUCGUUGAGCAAGAUAUCAACGAGAAGCGGCCCUCUAUCUGUGGGUCGGAGAUUUGGUCUCUCCUCCUAGUCCUUUUCAUGCAAGAUUGCCCCUUUCUGGCAAUGCGAUUGUAUUUAAUUAUACAAAUCAAGGUCGUUGAUCGCGCUAUGCUUUUCUUUGCGGGAAAGAACUUACUGGUGUUUAUGCUGGUCACAUACCGCAUCAUUGUGUUAUGCGGGGAACACAAUGGAAAGACCAAGGUUAGGCCCGUACCACUUGUAGGCUUUCCGCAGCAGCCUCAGGUUGACGCGAUGAUCGUCAGGAAACAAAGGUCAAGCUGGUCGCUUGAUCCUUUGCUUUCUAGAGUAACCGACUUCACAAAUCGCCUGAGGAAUCACGUCCAAGUCUUGGACCAAGAGAUAGGGAGAAGACGUGGCGUGCAUGUCCCCUCCGGAUCCGACCAACCAACUACCAAGCCGAUGACGCCAUUCCUUGUCGCCAUGGACGGCCACUCUGUAGAGGUCACUGAAAUUGAUAACAUAGAUUCAAUCACUCUGGACACUACUGGAACGGAAAUCAUCGACACGGCACGAUCCCUACCUUCAACCGUUGACGACGGGACGACUAAGGCUGGUGAAACCGACCCCGACGGCGUCGACGACACAAGCUCCCCCAUCUUGAACCUUCACCAUGAUGAUCAACCUGUUCCAUCCAUGGUCGAGGUCGGAAAUGACUUCGAAGAGAUAAUAAGUCUCAGUGAUGACAGCGUAAACGAGAAUUUGCAGGCCGUGGGGAAUGAAUUGACUUUAGGACUUGGUAAUGAUGAUCAGAUGAAACCUGCCGAUUUGAACGAUGAAAGCACCGAACUGCCAUUAGACAGUAGCCUUAACGGUGAAUUUAAAAACACCUAA